CCCAAGAUCUUCGGAGCCUAGGAGAAUGGCCCAGAGGCCGAAGCUGCGGCUGCGGCGGCGGCGGCCACGGCGGAACCCGCGGGCACCAUGACUCCCAGCAGCUUCGUGGCGGCGCUGAUGCUGGGGACCCUCCUGGGCGUAAGCGACGUGGAAGGGAGCCCCAAGCCCCCCGGGCCGCGCCGGCCCCCGCUGCCCGCUGCGCUGCCCCGGCCCCCCGGCCCCGUCCCGCUGGCCCUCGGAGCGCCCCGACGGCCGCCCGGCCUGCCCUUCCAGCGCCGCCGGUCCCCUGCCUCCGCGCCCCUGCGGCUGCUCUCGGCCUCAGCCCUCGGCCCAGGGCCCCACCGCUUCUCGGGCAGGAGCCGGGACGUGGGUGCAGGGGGCGCACAGUGUUGCUUCCCUGGAGACCCUCGGGACCGUUGCGACUGCAGGCACGGGUCAGUUCGUCUUCGAGGUGGGAAAAAUGAAUUUGAAGGGACUGUGGAAGUGUAUUCCAGAGGAGUCUGGGGAACAGUCUGUAGCAGUGAUUGGGAUGAUGGUGACGCAGCUGUCAUCUGUCGUCAGCUGAAUUUUGGGGCAAAAGGGACAGCCAAACAGACCCCAAUGUCUGACCUGGGCCUCAUUCCCGUUCACUGGAGCAGCACCCACUGCCGGGGGGAUGAAGACAACAUUCUGCUUUGUGAACGAGACACCGUGGGGCCCCCAGGGACGUGUCCACAGAAGAUGGCAGCUGCAGUCUUCUGCAGCUUUUACCAGGCUCCUGCCUGGACACCCGUGCGGCUCGUUGGCGGACGCGGCAUCCACGAGGGCCGAGUGGAACUCUACCACGCGGGGCAGUGGGGCACGGUGUGCGAUGACCAGUGGGACGAUGCGGAUGCCGAAGUGGUCUGCCGCCAGCUUGGCCUGAGCGGGGUUGCCAAAGCGUGGUCCCGGGCCCACUUUGGACAAGGAUCUGGCUCCGUCAUGUUGGAUGAAGUACGGUGCACCGGAAACGAGCUUUCCCUUGAGCAGUGUCCCAAGAGCUCCUGGCAACAACACAACUGUGACCACCGGGAGGAUGCGGGGGUCUCGUGCACCCCUCUGACAGAUGGGGCCCUGAGACUAGCUGGCGGAAAGGGCAGUCACGAGGGACGGUUGGAAAUACAUUACCGUGGCCGGUGGGGAACCAUUUGUGAUGACGGGUGGACAGAGAAGAACACCCUGGUGGCUUGUCGGCAUCUGGGAUUUAAGUAUGGCAAACAGGCCUCUGGUCGCCAUUUUGAAGAAAGCCGGGGCCUCAUCUGGUUGGAUGAUGUCAGCUGUUCAGGAAAGGAGACAGCUUUCCUUCAGUGCUCCAGAGGAAAGUGGGGAGAGCAUGACUGUAGUCACCAAGAGGACAUUCACAUUACUUGCCAUCCAGACAACGAUAUGAACAGAUUUUCUCUGGGUCUCCCUAUCAGGCUGAUGGAUGGAGAGAACAAGAAAGAAGGACGAGUGGAGAUCUUUGUCAACGGGCAGUGGGGAACCAUCUGUGAUGAUGGAUGGACUGAUAAAGACGCAGUUGUGGUUUGUCGGCAGCUCGGCUACAGGGGUCCUGCCAGAGCCAGAACCAUGGCUUAUUUCGGGGAAGGGAAAGGGCCGAUCCACGCGGACAACGUGAAGUGCACAGGGAGCGAGCGAAACCUCGCCGACUGCAUCAAACAAGACAUCGGGAGGCACAACUGUCGCCACAGUGAGGACGCCGGGGUGAUCUGCGACUAUUUUGUCAAAAAAGCAUCAGGGUCCAGUAAUAAGGGUUCCCUUUCAUCUGUUUGUGGUGUGAGGUUACUCCACGGAAGGCAGAAGAGGAUCAUUGGUGGGAGAAACUCUUUACGUGGCGGCUGGCCCUGGCAGGCGGCCCUGCGGCUGAAGCUAUCCCACGGAGACCGCAGACUCCUUUGUGGGGCCACACUCAUCAGCAGCUGCUGGGUGCUCACCGCAGCUCAUUGUUUCAAGAGAUAUGGUAACAACACUCGGAACUACAUCGUCAGAGUUGGGGACUAUCACACCCUGGUGCCAGAGGAGUUUGAAGAAGAGCUCGAGGUCCAGCAGAUUGUGAUUCACCGGCAGUACAGGCCGGACAGCAGUGACUAUGACAUUGCCUUGGUGAGGCUGCAGGGACCAGAGGAGCAGUGUGCCACAUUCAACAGCCAUGUUCUGCCUGCCUGCCUGCCCUUCAGACGAGAGAGGCCACAGAAGACUGCGCCCAACUGUUAUAUCACUGGAUGGGGAGACACGGGACAAGCCUACUCGAGGACCCUGCAGCAAGCAGCCAUCCCCUUACUUCCCAAGAGGUUUUGUGAAGAACGCUACCAGAGUCGGUUCACAGGGAGGAUGCUAUGUGCUGGAAGUCUGCAGGAGCAGAACCACGUGGACAGCUGCCAGGGAGACAGCGGAGGCCCUCUGAUGUGCCAACGGCCAGGAGAAAGCUGGGCUGUGUAUGGAGUCACUUCCUGGGGUUACGGCUGUGGCAUGAAGGAUUCCCCAGGUGUUUAUACCAAAGUCUCGGCUUUUAUAUCCUGGAUAAAAAGUGUCACUAAACUGUGAAGAGUUCAGCACAGGAACUUCAGAAGAAAAGGACACCGGGAUUCAGUGGCACUUGAACUGAACUGCUAGCCCACAGUUUAAACGAGUGACCAACCCACGAAUACUAUUCUGCUUGGUGUUGUGAUUUUCAUAUUUAAAAACUGAAUGUAAGCUGAAUAUUUGUUACUUUUGUUUCAGGAUUCCUGUGCACAAAGAAAUUACUUAACAUCAAACUGAGGCAAAUUUUGCAAAAGCCACAGAAGAGGUUGGGGGUGUUGGCGAUUCCAGGAAUGCCUCCAUUUCAGCACUGACUUGCAGAAAUUGGGAUGAGUUUUCUAUCUAAUUUGUCUCACCUUGGUAGAGUAAAUUCCCUGUUUUGCUAUUUGCCAAACUGGGCCUUA